ACUAUUAAUAAUUCUCUGCUAAGAGAGACAAAUUUUAAAAUAAAACCCGUAUCUAAGGACAACAAACUCUUUAGCAAAGUGAGGUAGAAAGUCUACUAAACAACACAUUAAAAAAACAUCAUGGCGGUUGUGGAGGAGAGCUUUCCGAACUUGGCACGGAAUAUAAACUUUUUGAAUGAAAGUAACAAGAUAACUCGCAGGAAAGCGCUGCAAGACAUCAGUAAAGAUAUAAAUAGACGAAAGAAUGAUCUGGAAAGCUCAGAAUUACAAAGGAUUUUUAACGAACUUCUUAAACCUUUGUUGAAAGAAUUCAGCGAUCCUGCCGAGAGUUGUCGCGAACAAGCCAUAGAACUGAUGAGUGAAUUGUUAACAAUGGUGCCCGGUCAGUGUGAAUAUUUACCUUACUUAAUACCUGUUUUGGUCCAGAGAUUAGGACAGCAAGAAAUAAUGGAGAAUUCGGAAGAAGUUCGUUUGAUUCUCGUUCGAUUAUUAAUCAAAGCAAUGGAACUGAAUGGAAAGAAGAUCGGAGUUUACCUAAAUGACGUUAUAAAGAUUUUACAAAGAACCAUUAUAGAUAAUUAUCCUCAAAUCAAAAAAGAUAGUUGUGUGGCUGCUUCGUUAUUGGCAAACACUGUUCCCGAUGUUUUCCAUAUGCAAUCAGAGUCUUUGAUUAAUCCUCUUUUACAGAAUCUUACUCAUCAACAUUCAAAGGUGCGUGUCUGUGUCUUAGAAGCGAUCGGUGAUGUUAUCCAAAAUGGUAAUGGCAAAAGUGUUGAUGAUGUCAGAUCCCAUUUGGCUCAACGUCUUUUUGACCAGGUCCCUGCCGUCAGAGCUGCUGUCACAAACGUGGUUGGCAACUGGCUCCUAUACUUGCUAGAUCGAUAUUCCUACCAUCACAAACUCAUCCCGUUGCUGUUGACAAGUAUCAAUGACAGCCAGCCAUCAAUACAAGAAUCAGCCAUUGCUUUUUGGCAUGACAUAGGUUUAAAAUAUGAAAAAGAAAAUGAAAGUGAUUUAAAAGACCAAUUAGACUUUCCAGAGGAAGAACCAAAGCAUUUCCCUCCUGACACUGAGAGACCAAAUUUGGGAUGUCGUGUUCUUGUGAAUCGUCACUUAUCCAAGAUACUACCUGGAUUAAUGAAUGAUCUGAAGGACUGGGUUCCAGCUACUCGCAUCCAAGCAUCAAGUUUGCUGUGUGUACUUCUGUUGAAUGCUGAGAGGAGUAUAACACAACACUUACAGAUUCUCUUGUCUGGGAUGGUUACAGCUUGCAAAGAUGAAGAAAAACAAGUCGUAUCAAAUGUGCUAAAAUCUGCCAAACUAGUUGGUUAUUUUGUCCAAAUAGAAACUUGGAGUCACCUUCUUUUGGAUCACAUUUGCAAAAACCCUGAUGCAGCUUCAUUGAUGAUUCUCGCUGCAAUCAUCAAAGGCUGUGACCGCAGAGAACUCCACGGCCACCUGGAACCAAUCUGUAAUACAUUGAUUCUACCAGAUGUCUCUUAUCAUUUACAGGUGAAUAUAUUGGUGGAAUUGUAUCACUGUGUCCAAUCGAUAUUGUCUGUUGCCAAGGAAGAUUGCUCAGCAGUUAGCUUCCAGUUGUUUACUGUACUUAUUACUAUCUUGUCUUUGAAUUCAACUGAAAACAGUCAGCUUACCGAACAAUAUCAGAACUGUCUCCAAGAGUUAGCUGGUGUCCAAGAAUUACCUGGUGCCUCAAAGCAACUCUUUAAAGAACAUAGUCCACUACUACUGGUCAAACUGAAAGAGACACACAAAGAAUGGACAAGUCAGUCAUUUGAAAGGAAUAUCUUUGAGACUCUUAUAAUGAAAGCUAAUGAAUCUGCAUUGCCAUUAUUGAUAGACGAUAUAACAGAAAUUCUAAGUGAGUGUUUAGAUGUUGAGAAAAACGCAGAGUUCCGACUGAAGAUGAUGACCCUGCUGUCUUGUGCGAUCAUUGAGCAUAAACCAAGUACAGAGGUGCCUCACCCAUUCAGUAGUAAUGCACUCAAGAUGGUUCAGAAGAUGAUUGUACCAAACCUUAUCUGGAAAGCAGGGAGGAUUGCCGCAGCGAUUAGGACUUCUGCCACGUCUGCAAUCUGGGCUCUGCUGCAGAGCAAAGCUGUGUCAAAUGAAGAGCUGAUAUUGGUGUCGUCAGAGCUGUUACCCCAGAUUCUGUCUUCAAUGGAGGAUGAUAACAAAAGCACACGUUUGAUCAGUUGUCGAGUGCUGACACGGCUGUUGGAGAACAUGACUGCCUGUCAGCAGAUUGACUAUGACACAUUGCACAAGAUCUACCCUCAUCUUCUGAAACGUCUAGAUGAUGCCUGUGACGACAUUCGUGUUGUUGUGGCCACAACCUUCCUGGCUUAUUUUGAUGCCUUCUCUGAUGACUACGACACAGAUCUCUAUAAAGCCCAUUUAGAAGUGAUGUACCAAGGCUUGCUGCUGCAUCUUGACGACUCGGAGAAGUCAAUACAGGACGCCAUAUUAAAUGUGUUGAAAAAAGCAGGUCAUUUAAAACCAGCCAUGUUAGUUAGUGAAAUAAAUAAAGUGAAACACAAGCACCGAACUACCAUCUACUGUGACCGACUGCUGUCAUUAUUUACGUGAAUGCCUAGUGUUUCUAUUUUUUUGGGGGGUUUUUUUUUGUGCAAUUUCAGAUUUAUCAUCCAAAUCUCAUAUUUUUAUUAUUAUUGUUUUUCAUGUUUUACAGUUUUAGUCUAUGUAUAAUUAUUCUCCCUUUAUGAAAUUAAAGCAGAAAAUGAAAAUAAAAUGCUAAAUGUUAA